AAGUUAGCUUACCUUCCCACAUUAAGCAGCUGAAUCUAAGUUGCACGGUGAGACUCGAGGCGGGAGACGGAACGCAAGCAGUGUAACAGAACAAAGUAUAUAUCUGCAAGCUCACCGCGACCUUUUCUGCUGCGCACGACAAAUGUGAGCCAUGCAGACACCGUUCUUCCCUCUCAUGGGCGGCGUUUUCCGCAGGAAUAUAUUCGGCCACCACUUGUUCGCUCAAGCUUGUAUCCACGGAAACGAGGACCAUCCCUUUAUAUGUCCUGCGCCACUUCCGCCGAUGCCUUCCGCCGAGAGAAAAAGAAGCGUGUUUUUAGGUACCAGAUCAUUGUUGUUGGAUUCCUUCUCUCCUCGCAGUGGCACCACGGCAGCACCAACCAAACAGGUGGCCUUCUACUAUAAGGCCCGUCCCUUCCAUUCCGUGGCCGCGUACUGGAGUGGAGGAGCUAGCAUGCAUCCCGGACGCGAACGGGCACGGGCACACACGCGCCAACGGCACCACCACCACCACCACCGCCACCACCACCACCCGGCGAGGUAGUGAGGAAGGGAGGGAGGGAGAGACAUGGGUUGCUAUCCUCCCUUGGAGAAGAUCGUGUCCAAAGCGCUCGGAAAAUGUAACGGGCGCGACAGAUGGAGGAGCGAUAGAUGGAGGAAAGAGAGGCUGGACUACGCCUUGGCCUACCCGCCCGGCGCGCCCACGGAAAUCCACUACGUUCGGCCGGUGGUCAGCAACAAUUCCAUCUACGUGAUCCCGCCGUCUCCGCCGCCGCAGCCGCAGCAGAAGCAGAGCCCACCAGAGCCGCCUCAGCAACCUCAACCGCCGCCGCAGCAAGAGCCCGAGCCCGAGCAGCACCACGACGCGCCCCAACCCCAACCGCAAGCCGAACCGGAGCAACCCGCCGCCGAGGCCGAGCCACCCGCGCAAACGCAAGACCCGCCGCCACCGGCCGAGCCGAAGCCUCCAAAGGCGCCGAAACGAGGCAAGAAGAAGCACUCCGGCCGCGUCCGGUUCGGCCCCGAGCCUCCCCCACCGCAAGCGCAACAACAAGGGGAGCAACCGCAGCAGGAGGAGCACGACGACGCGCAGGGCCCGGGCGACAGCGGGAGCGCGCCGGGUCAGCAGCAGGGGCCUCACGGCGCGGCGCCGUCGCCGUCGCCGGCGCCCGCGCAGGGGCAGCAGGGGUACCUGCACCUGCUCCGGUACACGCCGUCGCCGCUGCCGAGGUGGGAGGCGACGCCGCGGCGGCACGAGUACUUCUCCGGGGAGUACCGGAGCUACUACCCGACGCCGGUGCGCGAGGGCAUCUACCGCAUCGCCACGGACGCCAACAGGCUCACCACCAUCUUCAGCGAGGAGAAUCCCAACGCCUGCACGAUCGUCUGAGAGAGCGACGCGACGGGGAGAGGGAAUAAACCGUUUCCAUUCGUGCGAUCGCUUUCCUCUCUUUUCUUCGGCUCUUGGCUGAUUAUCGGUGCAGGAAUCGUGGGCCAAGAAUCAGGUUCUUCUUGUAGGUGUUGUAGAUAAGAAAAGGAGAAAACUUUCGGUUCGCCUGGUAAUGAUGAUGAGUUCAAAACAUUCGUUGUGCUCCGCG